CGGACCGACAGGACGGGUUUUUUCUUGUGCUCCUUCCUGAGUUAUUAUUUAUCAAUCAAAAUCAUCGGAUAAGAGUCAGUGGUGGUGGAGGUUCUUCGGGAGGCAAUUACUGUUCGUUCCCUCGUUCCCCAAUGCGUUCCAUUUUGGACUGCCAGUUCGAACGCGCGCGUGCCCUUGUCCUUUAUAACCACCGAAGCCGCGUUUUCCGUCGCAUGUGAACUGAUUUCCCGCAAAGUGCAGCGUGCAGUUGACAGUUAACGAUUUGUGCGAUUUAAACUGUGUGUCUGUUGAUUGAUAAAAAAAGAACAUAAGUGUACAGAACUAACUCAAGGUUGUGAUGAAUGGAGAACCGUGCAGCAUUUUAGGUGCCGUUGGAAAUUAUGUGUGGCAGUGAAUAAAUUUUUAAAAAGUAUACUGGUGGGAGCAUCUGAAGCGAAGAUAUAGAGGGUGGACGAACGUGAAAAAAAAGCUUGGAGGUGCUGUUCUGUAUCAGAAUUGAGUGCUGGUCGACCGCGUGGCCUAAAUAUCAACAAAGGAUUCCUUCUCAGCUCUACGCUAGCUGCAAGUUUCAUCAGCAUUCCAUCUAUUAAUUGCAAUUGGCCUGACAAACAGCAAUCAGUUCGAGAGAAAGACGUCGUUAACAUAUCGUUACAAUUUGCGUGAUAAACGUUUAAAAAAAAUAGAAUGCAGUGAAUGUGACUAGUCAAACAGAGUGAAUGCUAAUGGAUCAUCAUUGGUAAACACCAAUGUCCCUCGUCGUGACUGUGAGAUAUAUGUUGUCGAACAGAAAGCAAACAAUCAAAAUUUAUUCUGUAAUGCUUCAGCUUUCCCUGUUGUGUGUCCUGGAAUAGAACAAAAAGCACGGCUAGAUUACUUUAAGCAUUGUUGGUCGCUGCACAACUUAGUGUUUCUUUAUGUGUUGAUAGAUUGCGGUGAUAAUUACAUUGUUUUUAUUUGUCCACCAUGGUUUAUAAACCACCAGGGACCUCGAACACGCCAGCAAAGACCAGAGAUUCGCCUCGGUCACGUGACCAAUCACCGUCGGUCCGAAACGGAUUGAUUCGUGGCGGAGUUCGCAACUCCCAAUCGGUUUCCAGUCUCAACAACUACAAAGACAACACGAAUGUCCACGGGCGGAAUCAACACCCGAGAGGACGCUCUUUCAAGGGCAGCACGGAAAAUUUUCUUGGUGGUAAAAAAGUGAAUAAUAUCGUGAAGGCGGGUGGGUCGACUCCCGCGAUGAAACGGUCCAACAGUUUGAACAAUAAAAACAACCGUUCCAACAGCGUCGAGAGAAUGAAUAAUGGAAAAAUUUACCGUGGACGAAGUCCGCUGCGGAAUUCCACAUCAAACCUACCCCAGCAGCAGCAGCACCCUCAUGGGAAGAACCAGCCAUUUUUAGUGCGAUCCAGGGGAAACGACCGGGGCAGCAUUGAUAAUCUGGAAAACAUCACCCAGUCUUCAAACGGUAGUGGUUCGAUGCCCGGAACACCGGAGGACAACAUCAACGUUGUAGUUCGAAUUCGACCACUCAGUACCAAAGAAAGCCGCCAGGGCGAUGAUAUGGUAGUACAAUUUCCUGGAAACGGUCAAAUUUGGUGUGACGGUAUUCCCGGCGCUCCUGGAAGUGGGGGUCAAAAACCGAAACUAUUUUCCUACAACGUAGUCUUCGAACCAGGCGCCUCCCAGGAUGACGUGCUGCAGUAUUCUGGAAUCAAGAGGUUAAUUGAAAUGGCCAUCGAGGGCUUCAGCUGUACGGCCUUCUGCUACGGCCAGACUGGCUCGGGGAAGACACAUACUCUCACUGGGCCGCCAGAAUUGUUCUAUGGCAGACCCGAUCCGCAGCACGAAAGCCAUGGAUUGGUUUUUCGGUCGUUUCUAUAUUUAUUCAAGUUACUGCAAGAACGGAAGGAUACAAACUUCGUGCUGAAAGCGUCAUUCUUGGAGAUCUAUAACGAAAAGGUAAUCGAUCUUCUCAAUCCCGGAACCGCGCGUAAACCGCUGGCCGUGCGAUGGUCAAAGAAGUCCAGAGGAUUCUUUGUGGAAAAUCUUUUCACGGUGGACUGUGAAGAACUGGACGACCUAUUGGCAGUUCUUGAGGAAGGUAUGCGGAAUCGUUCCGUUGGAUGCCACUCGAUGAAUGACUACUCGUCUCGCAGUCACACAAUACUAACGGUGCACAUAACCUCCGAACAGCAGGCCGAAGGGGGAGUGUUCAUAUCGAAACAGGGUAAAAUCAACUUUGUCGAUCUGGCCGGCAGUGAAAUGACGAAGAAAACUCACAGCGAGGGUAAAACAUUGGAAGAGGCGAAUAACAUCAACAAGAGUUUGAUGGUUCUAGGGUACUGCAUAGCAUCUCUGAGUGACACCAAGAAACGAAGUGGUCACAUACCGUACCGGGACAGCAAACUAACAAAACUGUUGGCUGACAGUUUGGCAGGAAACGGAGUCACAUUAAUGAUUGCCUGUAUCUCACCGGCCCGGUCCAACAUCACAGAGACCUUGAACACUCUUCGCUACGCAGCCCGCGCUAAAAAGAUUCGCACUAAACCAAUAAUUGUAAUGGAUCCACGCGAAGCUCUGAUUCUCAGUCUCAAGAGGGAUAUCGGAGCACUACAGGUGGAGAAUGAACACCUCCGUUCGGCGUUGAAUUUACAGUCCGAAUCCCAUGAAACGACCAGUCAAGUAGAUUUGCUUGAACGAAGACAAAUUCCGCACACUCCUCCAAAGGUUGAUCUGGAGAAGCUGACAGAUAUGGAAAGUAACGAAAUGAAGGAGCUCGUGAAGGUGUACAUGUUGGAAAAUCAGGCAUUGAGACAGGAGAAUUCCGAACUCUACACCACGCGGGAGAUGAUAAUGCGCGAUCAAGAACUUGUCUGUCGAGAAAACGAAAGACUGCUGAAAAAGCUGGAGGAUGUGAAUUCUGUAUGCUGCCGCUCGCCGAUCAUCCCUGCGAGACCUACUUUUUCAGCGGAAAUGCUAAACCUGUCGAACAGCGGUGAUGAUGUCACUAACGUUUGGCAAAAUGCCCUUAGCGCUAGCAGUGACAGUAUGGGUAGUCUGAAUCGGUACAAAACCGAAUCACUCGAUGGAAGGGUUUCAGCCAACGAAAAUAAAAUCCCGGAUCUCCUGCAGAAAGAGUUGGACAAAAGAAGAAUCGGGGAUAGCAUAACGACUAUUGCAAACAAUCUUAAGCGACAUAAUUCUUGGGAAAACAACCGAUUGCUAAGUAGUGGUUUGCAAAACAUGAAGCUUUCCUCUCGGAAAGGUUCCGCUGAUAGUAGACAUUCUGACCAAUCGCAACGAAGAACUUCACAAACCCGCAUUAUUGACCUGAAAGUUCGUUCCUACCCCUACUCGUCCGAGGGCACGGGAUCGUCUUGGUCUCUUGGGACGUCUAGGCGUCCGGUCAGUAGUGUUAGCAAUAACACAUUUGGAAAAUCACCAUUUUUCCUGCGGAAGCAAAAUAACUAUUUGUGCAAAAGUCGAUCUACAGACGAGAGCCUGCUACCGAUUAAACGGAAUAUCUUUGGUAGCUUUGUGUCACUCAGUGCUGACGACUAUACUCCAUCUUUGAAUUGAGUGCACGAUCAGCUGCGAUCCAUUCAUGAUCAGCUAAAUCCGAGGAACGACAAUUCUCCUUCAAGUGGAUGGUUGGAUAGAAACGAGCUCAAGGAAAAGACAGUUUUGUCAGUAUAUUAGUAUUAGUAUGAAUGUUACAUUAGACGUCGGAACAAAUGGAAUGUACGCACAU